UUGCAUCAUAAAUAAUUCAUAUGGUGUCGGUCAGUUCGAUUAGUUCGGCACAGAAAAUAGGCAUUUAAUAUUUAGAUUGAGACAAUUGAGAAGAUAAUUGAAAGAAUGAAGACAUUCUUGAAUUUUAAGCGGCUUUUGUUAUUGCGAUAACGAUAAGAACGAGCAAGGUGUGCGCCUUCUGGGGCUUAUGGUGUUCUGUUGGAGGUGCCCUACAACUUAUUUUUUAGGUACCAAAAGGAUGCCUAGAUGAUUUAUAUGAAUGAUUUAAGCGUUAACUCGUUCUCAUCUAAUCUAUUUUUCAUAAUGCAUCCUCUUAGAUAUCUUCCCCCAUUCGGCAUCGGUACCGACAUUUGUAAAAUUUCUAGAAUAUAUCAAAACCUAGCUUCUCAUAGAGCUAUCCGGUUUGUUAAACGCAUUCUUUCCCUUAAAGAGCGGCGCGAUCCUAAGGCUGCUUCGCUCCUCAAAUUUCUCGAACACCGAGAAAACAAGCUCAUCCCACGAAUAAAUGAGGAAAAACAAUUAGCAAAUGCGGCCGAAUUCAUAGCAGGCAGGUUCGCGGCAAAAGAAGCUGUCAUCAAAGCUUAUAACCAACGAAAGAUUUACUUUGAGGAUAUUACCAUUACCUAUGAGGCUCUAUUACCCGGGUCGCGACUGAAUAUCAUGGACAAGAGCCCACCCGUAGCUAUUAUCGAUGGUGGUGCUAUACAUAAAACACAAUACGCACGUCUUAGUAUCAGCCACGACGGAGACUACGCCAUCGCUACGUGUUUGGCGUCCUUACAAGAACCUCGAUAUUUACGACCGCCUCAAUAUAGACAGAGGCCCGGACCUUAUAUUUUUCGGUCUAUCUUUAAGAAAGGGGAAAAACCAUAGGCCUCGCUCGACACAUUCUCAUCCUAAGGUUCUGACAAUACGGCAAUUUAUAAGGCAUUCGUCACGAUAUAAUAUACCUAUACCCAAGGCCAUACCAAUUCAAGUGCGUACCUAGGUAUGAAAUGCACUAAAUGU